AUAGCGUUGGUGAGGGAACGAGACAUGGCUCCAUCGAAUCAUGCACGGCACUUCGCCUGCAUGAUGCGAGGGCAAGUUCCUACCAAGGCCGACUCAUCUUCGAUCACAUUGUCGACACGACAAAACGACAACAGCAAAGACCGCGACCGAGGCGGACGUGAUCGGGGAAGUGGCAGAUCCGGCAGAGGUGACGACGGUAGUGGUAGCCGAGGUGAUAGGAGCAACAGGGGCGGCGGAGGACGGAGUUUCUUCGGAGGAAGACGCACGGGCGAUAACGACAGGAACGGCGACAGCAGCAACAACAACCGAAGCCGCGGGAACCGUGGGGCCGACAACGAUUCUACUAGCCGCAGCCGGGCUCUGGUCACGUCCUCUGGAGCGCCGGCCCCAGCCGCAUCUAUGACAAACUCCACAGGCACACCACAGCCGCCGCCAGCUAUUGCCUCACCCUCCCCCAAAGUCGAAGGAGCAAAUCCGGUCGACAAUGCGGCAUCUCCAAGUGAUGGACAGGCAGGCCGGGCCCCGCCGGCAGCUGUAAACCCUCCCUUGACCACGACGAAUUCGAACCUAAGCCCGGUCAUCCUACUCUCUACAGUCAUACCGGAUUUCGCCAACACAGUUCCGCGAACAACAGCAUCGCCUUCUGCCCCGGCCUUGGCAACUGACAUUCCUGCUCUACCCGACACUACACCAGGCCCGGAACUUGCAAACGGUAUCAACCCGGCGAGAGGCACCGGGGCUGGCUCUCCUAACACUCCGAACUCCUCGAAAUCAUAUUCUGAUGGCGCACCUGCUCAACAGCAACAAGGCCCAUCGCAACAGGCCGGUGUUUCAAUGGACGUUACAACCGAGCGGGUUCUGAUAUCUGCUGGCUCAAUAGUUUCUUUCGCUAUACUCUGCUUUGUUGGUUGGAUGCUUUGGCGUACUGUCAAGAGGUCCAAGCAGCAGGGGGAACCGAGCUCGUUUGCCAAGACAUCAAGAAAUGGAGAUUCCGACAAUGCUCCAGCCUUCUACCACAAAUUCGCCGCCAAGAUACCAUUCCUGAAGAAUCGUCAGCAAUUACCGUGGCAGGAAGUCAAUGAGAAGGACAGCCGGAGUGCAUCGCUGAACCGCGGUAUUGCCGUCUCAGCGACCCCGGCAGCAACGCCAGCAACCUCAGCAAUGCCGGCAACGUUCGCGACCCCAGCCUCUGUGAACAUGACGAAUGGCAACGAGAAAGCGAACCAGCCGCUUCCAACAUUACCGCGUCUACAAACCAGCAUCUCUGCCCUGCAUCAGCCGCAGCUGAACAUGUCUCCCGCCAUGGGUAUUUCGCCGGCAGGAAUUGGCAUGUCGCCUGGAGCGAGUAGCCAGUCUCCAGCCAGGUCACUCGUGAACACUCCACAAGUACCACAGCUACAGUAUGACUUCAAUGGCUUGAAAACAAGACCCAGGGAGUCUGCGGUAUCGUUUCAUCAAGCAAACAACUCGUUCAGCUCGACCAAUGCUGCUCAAUUUGAAGGGACGUUUACCAGCAACGGCGCAUCAGCUGGGACACUCAUGCCACCUAUGUUGAGCCCAGGCUACAACCGAAAUGAGCCCUCUGGAGAUACCUAUGAUGCUUAUAAUCAAAGGGGGCGUCAAGACAGCUAUGUGUCGAUGCUCUCGUCCCUAUCAUCGGGCUUUGGCGAUGGCGAUAUCAUCGUCGAUGAUCAACCGCAAUCGUGGCCUCAACCGCCGCCGCCACAAGGCCUAAGCGCAGAGCAGUUGUCUUAUGUGCAAACACAAGCGCCAUCAUCCCAUCAACAGUCACUGAACAUUCCCCCCAACGCCAGGACGUCAAGUCGAACAUCUUGGAUGAGCCGCUCAAAUCGGGACACUGUGUAUACACAAGCCAGUGAUGACUCGGCUCCCAGAUUCCGCACUGUUAGCUCAUGGGUCCACCAGCAAACAAGCCGCGUGAGAAGAGCCGAGCACCGAGCAAAAGCCAAUGGGCAGACGUCAUCGGUGCCAGGUACUACAGCACCUGGCUGGUACGACAUGCCACCUGAGCCUCAGUUUAACAUGAUGAUGGACGACGGCCAAGCGCCGCGGGCCCCCGAAUCCGUUCUCGGACGACGGCCAAGCGCCCCUGAAUCUGUUUUCGGGCGAUGA